UUAUUUCACCUUAUUCCCAGCAACCAAACGCUACCGAACUUAAAAUAAAUAAAUAAAUAAAUAACUAAAUGACAACGCAUCCAGGGCCGCACCCGCGAUAAAGGCUCUCAGGAACCCUAAGCUCUCCGUCCCCUCUCUCGAUCUCCAUCUCUCAGCCUCCUUCCAUGGCCUCCUCCGCCCAUCCUCUCCCCCCCACGGACAGGGCUUCUCCGGAACCACCGGAGAAAAAGCAGAAAUUGAUGAGUGAAGGAUCAGACGAGGAAAACCGGAAGUCGGUGAGCGACGGAUCGGGGGAAGAAAGGACGGACUCCACUGGUUGUGACAUGGCCGAGGAAUAUUAUUGCAAUAACUAUCUCUUUGACUGUGAUGGGGAACCGGAAGAGGAUUCGGAUGGUGAUUUAUUGGUUUGUAACCUUGUAGCACAUUUACGGGGCAAGUUCGACUUGGAAGGACCCAGAGCACAGGACUGGAGAAAAUGUGCCGAUUUCUCAGAGUUGGCCCUAAAGAAGUACAAUAACGAUAAUGGAACAAAUUAUGAGCUUGUGGAGGUGGUCAAGGUAAACAUGCGGAUUGUUUCUGGUGUGAUAUUUUAUAUAACCUUUACAGCCAAGGAUGCUGAUGCUACUGAUGGUGUUCCUGAGGUCUUUCAAGCACGUGUGGUGAACUUGAUAAAUAAUGGUGUGGAGGUCUGUCUUUGUAGGCUUAAGCCUACAAACUAGUGAAUUAGAG